AAGUCGGAUUUAUUCGAUCGUCUUAAUCAAUGCAGACAACAUCUCUGAUUGCUGGAUAAUAAUCAACAAGUGUCCUAGGUUUUGAAUCAAAGUUCUUUUUUUUCUCUAGUUUUAGUUUCUUGGACUGCUUGCUUUUCAAUUCUCUAUGGUUAAUCAUAAUAUCGCAAUGAAGAGAGGAUUAAGUGAAUCGUCAGAUAACGACGAUGUGUUCGAAGAAUCGAUGAAGGGAAGAGUUAGGCGGAUAAUUGAAAAACGAAGGAGGGACCGAAUAAACACGAGUCUAUCCGAACUUCGUCGCCUGGUUCCGUCAGCAUUUGAGAAGCAAGGUUCGGCAAAGUUGGAAAAAGCAGAAAUUCUUCAGAUGACCGUGGAUCAUUUGAAAUUUCUUCAUGCUAAAGGUCUAGACAGUUCGUUUCACCCGUAUGGUGACAACCCUUACGGAGCCGAUUACAGAAGUAUUGGGUUUAGAGAGUGUGCUUCAGAGGUGGCACGUUACCUUGUGACGGUAGAAUGUAUGGACAUACAAGAUCCACUACGCCUUCGUUUGAUGAGCCACCUCCAGUGCUAUACCGCUCAAAGGGAGCUACAAACGCGCCAACAUUGGAAUACCGUGUCUAACCACCCUCACAACCAUCUCACCCACUCGCAAUAUCAAGUUACACAUCAUCAGUCAACGACAGUCAUUCCGCAGCACGGUGAUCACCAUAUACCUGUCCACACCCCAGCAUCAGAGUCAAACCGACAAAUGGUUCCGAUGAUCACGAGCUCUACCGCCGAUUCGGGACACCAAACUUGCCAUACCAGACUGGCCAUGCCACCAUCUACGACUGCCCUGCCCGUCACCUCAAAUUCCGGGUCCACACACUUUGCAGCAACCAGCGUACCAGGUUCGAUUCCAUCAGUACACACCCAGUACCCGAUUCCAUACAACUCACUGCCAAUGCUCUCGCCUACAGGCUUCAGUCCAACCAGCAACCCAUCCCACGUCGCAACGCAUGCGCCGGUCGUCGCUAAGCCGUACAGGCCCUGGGGGACGGAGAUGGCUUAUUAAAUGGUUUACAAUAAGACGGCAACGUUCCUCUACAAGGACAUGAACAAUGAAAUAAAAUCAGUUUUAAUUAGUAGGUCACGGGAUUAGCAACGGUACCAGAUGAUAAUAUACGCCUGACCUUGCUUCGAAUACAAAUUCGCUUUUAGUGAAAAGUUCCAUCAAGUGGUAGAAUAUAACGGAACAUUACAAUAAUUGGCGCGUGUUUUGUUUUGAUCGUAUACAGAAAAAAAAUCAUGGACACAGCUGUUGAAUAGUUCUCAAAAUCUGACUGACGUCAUAAUUAUUUUGUUACAGACAAACGGCUCAUGGGAUUUACCACAACUUAAACAUUGGUGAUGACGUACCUAAUGAAAUAUGUCAGAUAUUAUUUAUUUAGGGUACGGUAUGCUUUUGUCAUUAGGAAUGAGAUAGGAGUCAUACUGGUGAUAAUAAUAGCGGUUUGGUCACACAAAAUUAGGUUAAUGAGGAAAGUGUGCAUAUCAUGUAUAAAAUAUGAUGCGUUUGUAAAUUUUAAUAGAAAGUGCAUGGUCCGUCAAAAAUACGAAUGUAAAAUAAUGUUGAUUAUGAUUUCUACAGUGAUGAUAUUUUAAUUAGGUAGGCCUAUGCGUAAAAAUUGGCCCCUUGAAAAUUGCUCUAGAAAAAAUGACCAUGUUAAAGUGGCUCCAGUUGGCAUUGUCUAUAGUUAUGUAAAAUGCCCAUUAUUGCUGUAAGAAUGCCCGUCCCCCACCCCCAUUGCUGUGAUUUUUGUAAUAAUAUAAUUAGUUAUUAUGUGCCUUAUACAUUUAAAUUAAAAAUUCUGCAAUUAUUUCCUUACCAUCAUUGUCAUGUUUAUGAUCAAAAUGCUGAUAAUCUAGAUCCCUGCUGUAAGUAAAUGUGUCAAAUAAUGAUUUGACCUAUGCCAAGUGGGGCCAUUUAGUUCCAGUCCCCUUUUUAGAGCCAUUUUCGGAGCCAUUUGUUGCUACAUCACAGUGGAGAGGGAAAGUCUUGAAAGAGUACGCUAGUUUGCUUAAGUUUAAUAUCUGAUCGAGGCCAUAUACUACUCGACAGAGCAGGGCAGGUUAAAGGGACCAAACAAAGUAGAAGUAAUGUAGUAAGGUUUAGGGCUGAUCCGUAACGGGACCAAAGCUGAUAGGCCAUAGAAUGUACUCGACAAACAGAGAAGUUUAAGGGGACCAAACGCAGUGGAAGUUUAGGGCUGAUUAAGGGGACCAAAACUAUCGCUUAUUAAUGUUAAUUAUACACCGCGUUUCAGUAUAUGCAUUAGUUGUACUAAGUACCAUUGAUGUAUAUUGAAAUGGAACAAAGAUAUCACUUUAAUUAACCGAUUAUUAGCGUAAAUGGGGAUGGGGAGUGGGUAGUGAUGAUUAGUACUUAUAAUAGAGACUAUUUUGAUGAGCUACCGGGACAGUCUAAAUUAAAAUGAUUACCUCCAUUAUGAUAAAGGAACAAUAAUAAGUGCAUAUGGUAUUUUGGUUAUGGGUGGGUUGGGUUCGGGGUGGGGGAUCAUUUACCGUAUUUGCUACGUUGUGUGCUAUUGGAUUCCACUGCGAUGGAAUCGGUUUUGGGAAAAUUAUCGGUGCAAUAAUAAUUAGGCAUUCCAUACGAAAAAAAAAUUUAAGCAUCGCAAUGGUAUCAAGGAUAUUGCUAAAUAAAAAAGUAUCUGUUUUAUAAUGGUAUAAUUUUACCGUUCAAUAAAACAUGUUCUUUACUGUGAAUGUUCACAUGUUAAUAAGACUAACAUGUUUGUCUGCUGCGUCGCCGCAUUAGGAGUUUGCAGUUAUAUAGAGGAAAAAUGGUACAGUGGUGUAACUGUAUAAGUGAUAUAAUUAAAAGCAUUAACGAUAAACUAUCAAUCAUCUACUGUAUAGUAGACAGAUUUCGCAAGAUUACGAAAACGAUAACGAAUACGUUAUUAUCGUUAUCGUCAUUCGUGUCUAAAACAUUCUUGACAGUAUGCUGUAUGUAGUGAGCCGAAUGUGAUCCAAGAUUCAUGCAAGGCAUGAAUCGCCUACAGAUAUAUGCUACUGUAGGGAAGGUGUCUAAGAAAUUGAUGACGUAACCGUAUUCGUCAUCGUUUUCUUAAGCUUGCGAAAAAUCCCUAUUAUCAUCAGUGGUGAUAUAAUUUUAUCGAUUUUCUUAUUGUUAUGAACACAAGCCACAGAAAUAAUUAUGAGCUUCCUAACCAACAGUUUUUGCCUUUUCUACUUUUGUAAACGUCAUUUUGUACAGAAUUUAAAUUAUUUUCUAAAAAAGAAAAAGUUAUAAAUGAACGAAUAAUAAACAACGAAUAGAUGUGUUAUUUUGUAUUUCAAUGUACUAUGCAUUGUAUUUAAAAAACAGUUUUACACGAUUUGUUUGGUUUUUUUUCUAAAAAUGUGAUCUUGAUGUAAACAAUAUUUUUGAAUAAGAUGAAUAAAAUU